CCAGGUCACAGCGCCGCCCGCCCGGCCGACUUUCCUUCCUCAAGGAAACACUGGAGGACACGCAGGGUUGCUUCACCUGCGCUGCAGCCCCAGCCGCUCCUAUGCAAGAAGGCCCCGUGGUCUUUGGUCUCCUUGGGCCAUCUUGUCUAGACAGAGUGUCCCUGGUGACAAACGGGCUUUAUUAUUAAGUAGACAAGUCCCAAGGCGCAGGACCUUGGAAUGUAACACGUCCAUCUGUUUUUAAAGAAAGCAAAUGUUUUAUUAAUCGCGUUAUCUGGACUGUUUGAAACCUUAGCACCACUUUCUUCCAAUCAAAACGAUUUUACUCAGAUCGCUUAAGUUAUGGAACGGGCUGCAGGCAGGUGUGUUGUAUCCUGGCCCUGAAACCUUAAAAAACAGCCUUGAGAACUUAGUACUGAGCAGGUCUGUCAGUGAUGUAGCAGAGUACUGGGAAUCGAGGAAGGCAGCUGUCCCUCCUGCCUCAUCCCCAGUUAUAUUUUAGGAUGGCUCGGACCAUGGAGCCCCUGGCAAGGAAGAUCUUUAAAGGAGUUGUAGCCGCUGAAAUUGUGGGCGUCUUUGGAGCUUACUUUUUGUUUAAAAAGAUGAACUCAAGCCAAGAUUUCAGGCAAACAAUGAGCAAGACGUUUCCCUUCAUUUUGGAAGUUUAUUACAAAUCCAUGGAACAGUCUGGCAUGUAUGGCGUUAGAGAGAACGAUCAGCAGAAGUGGUUGGAAAGCAAAAGUUAAGGCCAGUCAUCGCGCUCAGCUUCCCACUUGAGCUGUUUGAAACCUUUGAGGGGAGAAGACAGAUGAGUCUGUGGCCCCGACAGAAGCUCCCUGACUGUAACUGCAUUCAGGCCACAAGGCCUGCAGUUUUCCAGCCACUAUGCAUUCCCAAUGUUUGUUGUUCCCCUCCCUCUACUGUCUUGAUGAAGAUUUUGCAAAUGAAAAUAUAGAAGGAUUUAUACUGGAAAGAUUUUUCUUUUCUAUUUUAUGAAAGACUAGAAACUAGUGAUUAUAACAUUAGGAAUGAUUACAAAGUUUUCAUGCAUGUAAGAGUACACCUUUAGCCAAGUCUAAAUAAAAUAGACUGACUCUUGAAGAAAAACCAUGUUUGGGUCUGUAGUUUGUGUGUGUCGUUUACAUGCCUUACUAUGUGACAGACAAGCUUUCUGCCACUUAAGGACAUCUUCAGGGAAGUCCCAUUUAAAAACUUGGAUGACACAGGUGACCUGGUAGUGCACACUUGUAAUUCUACUGCUUGGGGGAGGAGGGUCAAGAGCUCAAG